AUGCAUCUACACACGGUCGCGUUGCUCUCGAUCGCAGCGCUCGUGCAUUCCGUCGAUGGAAUUGUCGUGCGUCGAGACGCCGUGAACCGUGAGGCGGCACCUGCGCGAUUCCCCUUAAUCAACAGCACCACAGUCGCGACUUCCUCAGGCGGCACCAGCACUCGCUUACUUACACCAUCAACCUCGGCACUGGAAACCACCACUUCCAGGCUAUCUUCUUUCACCUCCAGCCUCACCACUGAAGCUGCCAAGUCAGUUUCUUUAAAAAAUCCUCUGACAGCUGGACACAAGGACCAGACCAAAUCUUCCUCUGGCCCGUCGGCACAGCCUCCCAUCGGCACCAAAGUUAUUAGUGUGCCCAACGAUCACUCGUUUUCGAAGCAUCAUUCGGCUUCAUUCACUGCAAUUCCGGCCAAAGCUCCUCCUUCAGCGGCCAACCAAGCCCCAGAUACAGGGGCAUCUCCCGACAAUUCCAGGGGUUCGGCGGACAGGGCCAGGCCUCAACAAGCGUCUGAUCACUCCCUUCCCACCGCAGCUGUCGAGCCGGGGAACAAUGCCAGGCCUGCGCCUGAAGCGGCCUCAACGGCCUCAGCACCCUCACGAGGCAGGGUGAGGACUAAACACGCUCCCGAUUUCUCGUUCCCGACUACAUCCGCUCUCAACAAGACCAAGUCAUCCACUUCAAGCACCAAUGGAUGGUAUGGUACCACCAUUACUUUCAAGGGGAACGGCACCUUCACUGCGGUACCUGCAAUCUCUUCAACGCCUUGCACCAGCCUAGGAGAGGAUGAGCCCGUCACCGUCUUCUCCAUCGUCUAUACAGCUACGACAACAUUGUACGGCAACUACAGUGACUACACGGCACCUUAUCCCGCCAUCAACACCCCCAACUACUGUACCACAAGUUCUGAAGCGCUUGGCGAGGAAGAACCUACAUCUGCCCCCAAGCCUGGGCAACCACCGCCACCGAAAUCAUCGGGAGGAUUCGGUGUAACCACCAAGCGACCUGGACAGCCAGUGGAAACCUUUUCAUCCUCUAGGAGGACUGUCACCUUUGUCACCACUGACAAGAAUCCUGCCGUCGUUGUUACUUCAAAACCACCUCCACGCUUCAACCAACCCACUCAGGGAGUCAAUGGGCUCCCGGUAAGUAGGAAACAGAUGGCCCGUCCCUCUAAUAUGCCUCAGGAUGGAAAUCAUGGCCAACCUGGGGGGGAUAACCAAGAUGCGAGACCCCAGCAACGGCCUGAAUCACAGCCGCAACAACGGCCCCAAUCGCAGCCCCAAUCGCAGUCUCAACCACAGCCUCAACCCCAACCCCAACCCCAACCGCAGGUAGAGUCGCCAAGAACCUUCAGCGUGACUGCCAGAGGUCCAGAAGUCAUUAUCAACGACCACACCUUUUCAGACCUGAAGCCAGGCCAAACAACAACGGCGACAGCAGACCAUGGAACAUUUACUAUUUUCCCCUCCAAGGUUGUCGGCGAAGGGGCAACGGUCAAGAAACCACAACCUUUGGGGAGCGUCGUCUCGGCUGCCACUCCUACCAAGGCCACAAUCGGUGGAGUACCUGUUGUUGUUUCGGGGUCAGAGGCUGUCGUCGGCAGCACGACAUUCAAGCUGCCUUUUGUCGGUAUGUCGACGAGGAUCGAGGUUCCUGUGGCUGGUGCCACUGCGACAGUAGAAGAACGGCCGGUCUCCAUUGUGCCGGGUACAAUCGUGGUGGAUGACGAGACGCUCACCUACCGCGCAGUCGGUGCACCCCAGACGGAUGUUAUCAUACAGGGAGGCGAAAUGGUCACUGCGUCCGGAGUGUCUAUCUACGUCUUUCGUUCUACAACCCUCACAUACGGACCAGGCAUACCAGCGACAACCCAGGUCGUCGACGACGACACCAUUACCAUUGGCCCUUCCGGUGUUAUUGUUGAGGCAACCACUCUUGGUGGUGCUAAUGCCAAAGCCACUGAUACCAAAUACCAAAUCGUGGGCGGUGCCACCAUCACAAAGGUCAGCCCUUCAUGGGUAAUAAUCGACGGGACAACCUUCACAGCUGGGCCUGGCGCCAAGAGUACCACGAAAGUGAUUGGCGGCGAGACCAUCACCAUCGGUCCUAGCGGCAUCGCCAUUUCUACUACACUUACAGUCCGAUACCCAUUUGGAGCUUCAACUGUGACUACGAUCAAGGCCACGGCAACAGGAACAGGAACAGACAGCCUGCCUACCGAGACUGGAAGUGCCAACAAGAAGGCGAAGAAGAAGGGUAGCAGCGAAGACGAGGAGGACGAUGAGGAUGAUGAUGAGGACGAGGAUGAAGAUGAGAAGGACAAGAGUAAGGACAAAGACAAAGGGAAGGGGAAGGAUGAUGACAGCGGUGCGGCUUCUCAACGGUUUGGCCUCACUGGGGGAAUGACUGGGUUCUGCAUAGCGAUUGGCGUUUGGACUUGGAUUUGGAUUUGGAUUUAA